UCACGUGACACCUUUAUUGACAGCGAACGUUCCAAGCCCAAUGUAAAUACCGUUAUCCGAGCAAGCACAUACCCCCUUCCUUUCAUUCCCUUUCUGUCCUUGCUGCAUUUAUCUGUCGUUCUUUGUUUUUUUCUUUUCACUCACAGCAAGUAGAAAAUAUGAAGAAAUUCUUCGAAGACAUAAAGAAAGACAUUAAGUUCAAGUCAGCAGGACCAGGAAAGAAACUAACGGACGACAGUAGCAGCUCUGAUGGCCCCGCGCCGCAGAAGAGCAGCCAGCCCAAGCCCCGCCCCCGGCCCACAGAGGGGGCGCAGAGAGCGGGCGCGGCGGCACUGGCCAGGAUCGAGCAGAGACAGCAGCCCUGCCCCGGCUCCUCCCACAGCGCCAUCCGUAACCAGGUGAAGAAAGAGCUGGAAGCCGCAGCUGCAGCAGACGCUGGACAGACGGCAGCAGAGAGUUCCCAGGGAUCAGUUAAGGACGUCGCGAGUCUCUCGGUGUCUGGAGUGUUCUUCAUCUGCCCUCUCACCGGGGCCACCUUAACAAAGAACGAGAAGGAGGCUCGCAUCAAAGAGGCCAUUCUCAAGAGGUUGGAAGAGGACCCAGUGGAAGCCUCCAUUAUGAUGAUCUACACCUUCAAUAAGGACAGGGAGAAAGUGAAGGCCGGGGUGGACAUCAUCAGCAAGUACGUCGACAACAUCCUCAGUAACCCCACAGAGGAGAAGUACAGGAAGAUCAAACGGAGCAACAAGGUGUUCCAGGAGAAGGUGAGCUCUUUGGAAGGCUCCAUGGAGUUCCUGCAGGCCGUGGGCUUCCAGAGUGUCACACUACCUAUGGACGGUUACCAAGAGCAGAGCGAGGACUUCCUGCGGCUGGAGGAGCAGGAUCCCGGGGCGCUGGAGGCGCUGAGGGAGGCCCGGGACCGCCUGCAGGGGGGGGAGCCCGUCAGGGCGCGGCUGGACCGCAGGCCCCAGGCCCUCCGCCCCUCCCCCCACGCCACGCGCUUCGAGCUCCCGCCCGACUUCUACAACCUCACCGCCGAGGAGCUCAAGAGGGAGCAGCAGCUCCGGACCGAGGUGGUGGAGAGGAGUGCGAUGCUGAGGACGAAGGCCAUGCGAGAGAGGGAGGAGCAGAGGGAGAGGAAGAAGCACAACUACACCCUGCUGAGAGUGCGUCUGCCUGACGGGACCCUGCUGCAGGGUACCUUCCUGGCCCGGGAGCGAGUAGGGGCCCUGUUCCAGUUCGUGCGGGAGGCCCUGGUGGACGGCUGGCAGCCCUUUGAGCUGGUGGCCCCCGGGGGCCACAGGCUGAAGGAGGAGGAGGAGGUGGCCCUCAACGAGUGCGGCCUGGUCCCGUCCGCGCUGCUCUCGCUGUCCUGGGACGCCGCGGUUCAGGCAGACAUGGCCGCCGCAGGGGGACAGAGCGUCGCUCUGCUCAGACCAGAGCUGCUGGAGAACAUUCAGACCAUCAGCUGAGAGGCCCCGCCCCUUUCACGUCCCCUCGUCCUCCGCUCUCGCGCCUCUGUGAAGGCCCCGCCCCCUUUCUCAGCCCCUCCCGUCCUGUACUCUCAUGCCUCUUCAGAGGCCACGCCCCCUUCUGUCCUGUACUCUCAUGCCUCUUCAGAGGCCACGCCCCCUUCUGUCCUGUACUCUCAUGCCUCUUCAGAGGCCACGCCCCCUUCUGUCCUGUAUUCUCAGGCCUCGCCUCUUCAGAGGCCACGCCCCCUUCUGUCCUGUAUUCUCACGCCUCUGCAAAAGCCCCGCCCCCUUUCACGUCUCUGCAGAGCAGCAGCCACUCACUGCGCGAUGGUGUAGCACAAAGAGGGAGGGGCUUAGACGGGAGAGAGAGCCGGGGAAAAGAGGAAUCUGGAUUCAAGAUGCUGGACUGCGUUUUUUUUUUUUAUCGGUUGCCUCAAAGACGUGGCACGGCUGGGUCACCUGCAGGAGCACGCUUCAGGUGUGUGUGCGCGUGUGGCACCCAGACGGGGCGUGAGUGUGAAGGACGCAGGUCAGAGGUCACCAUCAGUCAUGCCGUGCCAGUGCGGCCAAAACGUGUGUUCUGUCUGCAAAGCUUUUUUUUUUUUUUUUCCUUCUUCCAUGUGGUGAUGCAGUACGUGUGUUUACAUUGUGUGUGAAUGUGUGUGUGAGAAAAAGAGAUUAUACACAUACUGCACUCCUGCUCUGACAAAUGCACACCUCCCAGAAUGUCUGGCUUACAGUUAUACAUGCUCCUUGCCAAUUUGAGACUUAGUGCUACUUGGAGCACAAGACACAGGUGGGCAGGAUAUUAAUGCACACCAACUACUGGCUCAGUCACACACUACAGUGCGAGCAAUCAGAUGGAGUUUGUACCCAACCGAGCAAUGCACCCAGCUAUCUUAUCUUCCAUUGAAGGUUUUCAGGAGAUUUUCACACUACAUUUUGACAGCAAGACAUGCAUUUGACUGCCCCCUUGUGGCCAGCACAGCUACUGCAGGGGCUUGUCUGUCAUUGGUUAGAAAUGUCUAAAGUCAUUAUACAUGGCUGCAGCAGCACUUUUACACAAAAUAUUAUACUCGUCAAUGGGAUUAUUUCCAAUUCGGGGCUAGCAUUCAUAAAGCAGGGGUGCUGAUCUAGGAUAAGUUUUUCCUCGUAGCUCAUAAUAGAUUAGGUUGGGAUUAUGGACAGGGAAAACUGAUCCGAGAUUACUGAUCCUAACCCAGCUGCUUGCUGCAGAGAUCCCUUUUCAGCACCUAGAAAAGUUCUGAAAAGAAGGUCUGAAUAUUUUCAGCAAGGGGGAGGGGAAGCUUAAAUUUGACCAUUACAUCUGACCCUGGUCCAGAGCAAGUGGAUUCUGUAGACAAUCUCCUAUCCUGAUCCAAAAACAGGGCUACCCAAAGAUGCCCUGGAGAAUCCAGGCCAUUUUAAGUGUUCUGAUGCUGUGACACUCAUGCAGAAAAGUCUGCUGUGAUGGAGUUCCCAAUGAUUUUUGUUUUAAGUCAGAAACCGAUUCAGUCCCUAAAAACAAAACAGGUGAGGUGAGUAAACUGUACUCCAGGUUUACUAAAAAUGUGGCACCCGAUGCCAGUUGUUCUCCUUUACCUAAUAAAGCAUAUUUUUGUUGAUAAUGUUAAAACUGAAAAAAAAUUGUUUUUGAAAAAUUGACAUGUGGUUCCAUUCAGCUUUGUUGAAUUUAUUAAAUAUAAAAAGCUAGGUUAUGCUACGGGAGUUUCUUGUUCCUGGUUUGAUUUUCUUUUUUUUUGUGACCAACUGAUUUAAUAAAGACCAACGUAACCAUG